AUGACUGUGAUGCAAGAACGCAUGCAAACUAUUAUUCGUCAUGUGAUACGUGCAAGCAAAGAUCAAUUAGCUCGAGAAGCUGGUCAAUUCGGGUUUUUCGGGUGUGACUUCUUGCUAGACGAGAAUUUUCGCAUAUGGCUUUUAGAAAUCAACGAUAAUCCCGGUGUUGGAUGGGGCAAUUCAUUAGUCAAUACAACAACAAAACCAUUGAUAGAAGAAACAUUAAACAUUGUUUGCGAGUGUUUGGAGAAACAUAAAAACAAACAAACAUUAUUACCGAUCAAUUGUUUGAAAAAUUAUGAACUGAUUUAUAAUGAACACGAUGAUGUGAAUCGCUUGCUGAUGGAUGAUAAUCAAAUCUUUACAGAUCAGUAUUCAAUUCGAUAUGCAAUAAAAGAGACAACACCACGUAAAACACAUCGUCGUGCCGUACCGCACAUUCACACCAGUCGAGCUUCGAUAUGUCAAAACGAUUCAAUUCAUAACAGUAUGAACGAUCUGAUCCUCCCGUCUGUGAAUAUGGAAAACAGAAGUCCAUCAAAUCUAGCUUUGAACCAUCAUGCUUCGUCAGUUAUAAACAUCCUUAGCGUGACAAACGAAUCAUUGGACCAUGGUGACACACCGGAUAACGGAAGCUCAAAAAAGUCAAAAAAAGCUCUGAAAGCUUUUCAAAGUAAAUCCCCGUUGUUACUAACGCCUCCGAACGGGUCAACCAUCCGUGCGAACAAAACAAGUAUUAAACGAACACUUUCCAAAGCGAAUACAUCUGAUACUGAAGCAAAGAAACAUAGUGAAUCACUCCCAACAAUUGUAGAUAAGAAACAAUCGAUGUAUCGAAGUGAAACAUUUGUAGACGCGAGUAAUACUAGUCGGAAUGAGAAGAAACUAUCAAAACGUAAGACGAUGGUGAAAGAUGAACAGGAGAAUCCAUUAGCAAAUGUUAAUCCAGGUAAACUUUGUACUUUAAACUAA